AUGUGUAAACGAUUCGUCGAGGGUUUAAAUGAAGACAUUAAACUUCUGGUUGGAAUUCUCGAUUUGACUGAGUUUGUGGUUUUAGUUGAAAGAGCUUGUAGAGCCGAAGAACUCAGUAAAGAAAAGAAGAAAGCAUAUUUUGAAGUUAGAGAUGAGAGAAAAAGAUCAAUGAGUAAAUCCUAUCAGUCUUCGUCAAAAAGAUUUAGAGAUGCACCAAGUCGUUCAAAUGCUUCAGUUGGACGGCAUGUUGGUGAAUGCUGGGGCAAGUAUAAUAACAGAGUUUGUUACAAAUGUGGUUCGCGAGACCAUUUUAUUCGGGAUUGUCCAGAGCUAGUUGAGAAAGAUAAUGUUCAGAGUGUGAGAUCGAGUAGUGCUACAGUUAGAUGUAUACCACCCAGAAACGCGGGAGUUAGGAUUGAUACUCAGAGAGGGACUACGGACACAGUGGUUCAAUCUGAGGCUCGUGCACCUGCUAGAGCCUAUGCCAUUCUGGCACGUGAGGAGGCCUCAUCCCCAAACGUUAUUGCUAGUACUUUCACUCUCUAUGAUACUAAUAGAAUGACACCUAUAGAAUUAAAAGAAUUGAAAGCUCAGUUGCAAGAGUUGACAAAUAGAGGUUUCGCACGACUGAGUUUCUCACCUUGGGGAGCGCCAGUUCUGUUUUUGAAAAAGAAACAUGGAACUAUGAGAUUGUGUAUCGACUAUCGACAACUCAAUAAGGUGACCAUAAAGAAUAAAUAUCCGUUGCCACGGAUUGACGACCUGUUUGAUCAGUUGAAAGGGGCUUCAAUGUUCUCGAAGAUAGAUUUGAGAUCCGGCUACAAUCAGUUGCGAGUUAAAGACUCUGAUGUUCCAAAGAAAACUUUUCGAACGAGAUACAGACACUAUGAGUUUCUGGGGUUCCAUGAAACGAGAAGUCUGCGUGGUAGGAGCUUCUCGUUACGGAUUGGAGAUGGGAGUUAUGUUUUAGCCGAAGCAGUGGGAGAAGUUAUAUUUUAA